AUGUCAUGGAAUUCGUACGAUGAAUUUAUCGACUGGUUAAACUCUGCGCGUUUAGUUGAUCUUUUUCGUUUAACUCCACCAUUAUUUUGUUCAUGUAAAUAUGGCCUUACAGAAUACUCUUGCGCUCAUUCAUUGGACUUAAUAAUGAUGUGGGAUCAUCGUAAAGCUCCACAGCCACUUGGGAUAAGUAUGAGUAAAGGUCGCCCAAAGAAAGUUAAAUUAGCUUUAACAAAAGACUGA